AUGAAAAGUCGCAGUCAGAAAGUGCUGCAUUCUCAUAAGCUGUAUUUAUACUGUAUCGUCAUUGGAGAAAACACAAAGGAACAUUAUUGGGCUGCUGAGACUUGGACCAAACACUGGAACAAAGAGGAGCCCUACACUACUAAGAGUGAUAGUUUGCUUAAUAUUUUUGAAAAAAUAACAUGGAUUUACAAUUAUAUCUUUGAAAAGUACUGCAACAGCUGCAACUGGUUCUUCCUUGCACAUCACACUAUACUUGAUGUUGUUGAAAAUUUAAAGUAGCUUCUGUUUCCUAGAGAUGCAUCACAAACUUAUCGGGCGAAAAUGUCUGGCAGCCUUCAUUACAUAACUAUGGAAGGAGGAAUUGUCUUCAGUAUAGAGUCUAUGAAAAGACUUAGCUUUCUUGAGAAAUCUAAAAAGUGUGCAGGUCUAGUGAUCUGGAAGUUAUCUGAAGACAUGCAGGUGGCAGUCUGCCUGAAAUAUUCAGGAACUCUAAGAAAUGCAGAGGAUUCCAAAGAAAGAGCCGUAUUUAACACGCAACCAACGCUAGUUCAAGAGACAACAUCAAAUAAUGCUCAGCAAGUAGUAGAAGGCAGCUGGUCAGUUACAGCAAGUACUUUUAAUGGGCUGACUCAAAAGAUGAUAGUAAUAAUGCAUGGUAUGUACCAGAUAAGGGCAUUUGAACAUUAUUUCAACACCACACUGGCUUUCUUGCCUCCAAGUGGCUCAGGAAAUGAGGGCUGGGGAGCACUUGCAAUGUGGCUAGUCCAAAAUGAGAUAUGGUGUAAGUGUAAAAUACACAUCAGUAAUACAUACAUUGUUUGA